AUGGGGCUCACCGUCUGCCGGACCUGGGCAUUCAGCGACGGUGGCCCCAAGGCCCUUCAGCUCUUCCCAGGCCACUACGACGAGCAAAUGUUCAGACUAUUUUUUGCUGGUCCUGCUUUGGAUUAUGUGAUAUAUGAAGCAAGGAGGAAUAAUGUAAGGCUAAUUCUUUGUCUUCUAAAUAAUCUCAACGCAUUUGGCGGUAAAGAUCAAUAUGUUAGAUGGGCACAAGAAGCUGGUUUUAAUGUGACAACCUCAUCAGAUGCAUUUUUCUCAUUUGAUGUCAUCAGGGGCUACUUCAAGGAUUACAUAAAGGCAAUUGUGACAAGAAGGAACUCAUAUAGUGGGGUUAGAUAUUAUGAUGAACCUGCUAUAUUUGCUUGGGAGCUCAUGAAUGAGCCACGAUGUGUAUCUAAAUCAUCUGCUCCUAUUCUUCAGGAUUGGAUUAUUGAUAUGUCUUCUCAUAUUAAGAGUUUAGACAAGAAACACCUUGUCACAAUUGGACUUGAAGGGUUUUAUGGGCCUGGGAGAACUGAAAGAUUGAAUGCGAAUCCAGGAGAAUGGGCAGCUACUUUUGGCUCUGAUUUUCUGCAAAAUUCCGCGGAUGAGCAUAUAGAUUUUGCUUCAGUGCAUGCAUAUCCUGAUAGCUGGAUCCCAAGGGCAAGCCUAGAAGAGAAAGUCAAAUAUCUUUCUAGUUGGGUGGAUUCUCACGUGAAUGAUAGUCAGAACAUAUUGAAAAAACCAGUUCUCUUUUUAGAAUUUGGAUCCAAUUUGCAUGCCAAGAAAAAUGGCACAUAUGAGCGAGAUGUUUUACUGAAUGUGGUUUAUGACAAAGUGUAUGAGUCUGCGAAGAAGGGUCAAGCUGGUGCUGGAGCUCUAAUUUGGCAGUUGAUGGUUGAAGGAAUGCAAAAAUAUCAUGAUGAAUUCUCACUGGUAGCAUGGGAGAAUCCGUCCACAUACGAGUCGAUAGUACAACAAUCCUGCCGAUUACUGAGGUUGUUUCGAGGAAAGAAAAAAAUCAGGGAACCCUGUUCUGAAUUACAGCCCUAAGGAUCGAUCAUCUGUUCUAUAGGGCAAUAACAUUGUUCGACAUUCAUUUCCAAACGCAUAUGAAAUUCUUUUCGUCAAAGAUGAAGGGAAUGGUUUAAGAAAGAAAUUCAUGAGAAAUACUUGCCAUUGAAAUUAAAUAUGGUAAACUAAUGGAGAUCAGUUCUGCUAUUGGAGGUGAAGGUGUUAUGUCAGAAUUCUGGAUAGCAGCUUUCGAGUGUCAACAACCUUGUAAGCUGUUGUCAAUGAAGAUUUACUUACCUCAGGAAGACGUUUCUGCAAUGGAGAUCAUGAAUAACUGUUUCUUAGGAUAUUGCAUGUAUUAUUUUAUUAUGAUUUGUUCCACCAUGCAAAAAUGUUUGUAAUUCCAGAAAAAAAUGUAUUUUGUUAUUUAGUAAUUGGUUAGUGAUGUUCAACUGGUUGCUGUUCCAUUUUUAUGACACAGAUGUUGGCUUGGCUAUACUUAAUAAAUAUGACUGGAUGUGUUACUCAA